CUUAAUUUAAACGCAAGAAGUCUUCUAAAUAAGGUAGAUGCACUAGAGUCUAUACUCUUGGAAUACAAUCCAGAAAUCGUUACAGUAACUGAAACGUGGCUACACCCGUUAAUAUCUGACAGCGAAAUAUUGCCACCAGACUACAUUAUUCUAAGAAAGGAUAGAUUAACAAGGGGUGGUGGUUUAGCAAUCAUCUUAAAACGCGGUCUUUCUUAUAUGCCUAUGCCUGAGGUAAAAAACGUGGAAUCUUUAUGGUGUAAGGUCUCCUUUGAAAAUUAUUCUAUUGAUGUCGGCGUUGUUUAUCGUCCCCCAGACUCUGACCUACAGUAUCUUCAUAGCCUCUAUGACUACAUGCUAGCAAAUAUUAAAAGCGAUAAAAUCAUCAUGACGGGUGAUAUUAAUAUGCCCGAAAUAAACUGGGACUCGCUGCACUCUGGCCUGGACACUGCUGAUGUUAUUAUAGACAUGCUAUUUGCGUUCAAUCUAACCCAAAUCGUCAGGGAACCAACCAGGAUAAAGAUCUUGGUGGCUUACACAUCACAGAAGCAGGCGUUCUAA